GGAGAGCAUGUGUCAGUUGAAGCAUGAUACCUUUACCUAUAUGUUAUAAUUAACCUUUCCCCUUUAGGUACUCCUGAAACCAAACAGACCAUAUCAAUUGACAGCUCUUCGUGGACAGAAACACACACGUUUACGAAUUUCCACUGAAUUCGACAAUGUGUUUCGUACAAGUCGUGCGUUUUUUCGAUGUUAAAAAAUUAUGAAAUGUGUUCAAGUGUACAAAAAGCCGGUAUUAGCCACCACGCUCUGAAUUUGUUUGUAUUGAUCAAACCUCGCGUCGAAAACAUGCCGGAAGAAUCAAUCUGACCAAAAAAAAAAUGUUGCCGGUGAGAAACGUCGAAUUGACGAAAGUACACUAUUUCGAUGCCUCAAGACAUCACAGAAACAUCGAGGUGCCCACUGUGAGUCGGGAAGUUUUUCAAAACACCUUCAACAGAAAUCUCAUCAUCAAAAAAAAUGUGUUUGGGCAUAAGUGGGUGCUGAAAAUAAACGAACAUGACGAGGGUGACAUCAAGAAGAGUAGAACUGUUAAGUGUUUAGUUUAUUGCAUUGUUUUUUCUUCUAUUUUAUUGGCGAUUGCAAGUGGUGCUUUCUUCGCAUUUGAGUUGGAAAAGAAGUUGUUCAAUAAUAGUUUAUGUAAUUUCGGCAACCAGAGUAUAUCGACGGCAGUAAGGAGCACCGAAGAUAUACUGAAAAACAUUGGAAAACAUGUAGAUCAAAAUGCAGAAGAAAGUUUCAGUACGUUAGGACUAAAUUUAAGGAAAGUAAAUGAAACUGUUGCAGAAAAAUUUACAAAUGACUCCUCCAGCUCUACAGAGGGCGCCAGUGGGAUUUCCUACUGUACAAACUGCACAGAAAACCACGUGUGUUUCAAAACUGAAGAAACUGAAAAGCCGAAGUGUGUAGAAAUUUCGGACAAACAUGACCCAACCGGUUGUGGAGGACUCUGUAUAUUGAAUAUAGAAUUUUGUGCCAUUCUGGAUAGACAACGUAAAGUCUACGAGUGUUCGCCAUUGAAGAAUCUGCUCAAAUGUCCUGAGGAUACCUUCAAUUGUGGCGAGCAGUGUAUAGCCAGAAGUAAAGUAUGCGAUGGAAUUAUUCAUUGCACGAAUAUGCAGGACGAAAGAUUUUGUGAUUGUAAUCUUAAAGAAAAUUUCCAAUGUACAAAUUCAACCAAAUGUCUUCCUAAAAGCAAAAAAUGUGAUGGAAUUGUGGACUGCUGGGAUCGAUCGGACGAAAAUCUUUGCCACGAAGGAUGCCCUCCACAACACUAUAGUUGCCUUAAUGGUCAGUGCAUUACCCAAGAAUAUUUUUGUGAUGGUAUAGCACACUGUUUAGACUCGAGUGAUGAACCACAGGGUUGUUCACUAUAAAGAUGCUGUAUUCGUUGACUAAAUAUAUAUUUUUAUAGCA